CCCGGCUCCGCUCCGCCCGCCCGGGGCGCCGGGCCAGCGCUGAGCUCCGGGCCCAGCCCUGCUGGAAACCUCCGCCCGCGGGAAAGGAGGGGGAGCCCGGGGGAGGCAGGCAAGGAGGCGGGGGAGCGCGGCCCCGAGGCGGGAGUGGCCCUGCGCGGUGCGGGGAGGCCGGGCCAGCUCCGGGAACCGCUGCUCCGCGGGGAAUUUUCCCCUUGGCCCCCGCCUGGGCCCCUCUUAUCCCGGGCGGCCGCGAUGGACUCUGGCAGCGAGACUCACGAACUCAACGGGACGGCGGAGGGCGCGGAGUCGGCGGCCGAGGAGCAGCACAGAAGGUGGCAGUGGUUCCAAAGGAACAGACCCAUCAACAUCAACCACUACGCCAACAAGAAGAGCGCGGCUGAGAGCAUGCUGGACAUUGCCCUGCUGAUGGCCAAUGCCUCCCAGCUCAAAGCUGUCAUGGAGCAAGGGCCCUCCUUUUCCUUCUACAUCCCGCUGAUCAUUCUCAUCAGUCUGUCACUCACCCUGCAAGUUAUGGUGGGAGUGCUCCUGAUAUUCCUUGUAAAAUAUGACCUUAACAACCCUGCAAAGCAUGGAAAGCUGAAUUUCCUCAACAACCUUGCAACUGGACUGGUAUUCAUUAUAGUAGUCGUUAAUAUUUUUAUCACUGCCUUUGGAGUGCAGAAACCAGUUGCUGAGCCAGCAUCAAGACAGUAAGGACCAGGUGAGUGUGAUCUCCUGCAACAUGAGUAUGGCAUUCAGGAAUGCAGGGCACACUGGGGCAUUUUAGAAACAGCCACAGGCUGAUCUGUACUGUUCAAGUUCUUGCAGAUACCUGAGCUCACUUCCCAUUAGUGCAAAAGCAGAAGCUGCUGGGAACUGGUAAGUUAUUACAAUGUGUUUGCGAAUAUGGAGUUCAAAAGUUGAUGUCAGCACAUGUGUCACCCGUAGGAAGUGUAAGAAUUGUCCUGGCCUAGCUACUCCUUUUCCUUGCUGCUGACUGAGACAAUAAGGGAAAUAAUGUUGUUCUGCUUUCUCCAAAUGCCUCUGCUUUUUUUAAGGAAGGUUUGCAUCCAGCCUGUUACUUAACACUGAAGACAGUCUUGUUUCCAAGUAGCUAGGGCUGUUAAAUCUGACAUGUAACACUGCACAUGCUGGAGCCUCUGAAUUCCUAUGCUGGCUCCAGAUCGUGUGGCUCCUCUGUCCUCCACAGGGUAGGGCUUUGCUCUGUGGGAGUCUCAGCACUUCAGAUGUGGCCAUUUAGGACAGUGUUGUUGCUCUUACUUGCACUUGCAGCUUUGUUCUUUAUUUAUACAGAAGGAUAAAUAUUGGAAUUGUGGGGAUCAAACUGGGUAUCUUCCUAGCAUCAUAGCUAUGAUGAGCAGUUUGGGAGGAGAUAAACCUAAAUUAUAGGCUUGUAAUGCAAGAAGCACCAUGAUCAGCAUCUGCCUUUAAAAUAGUACUGCUAAGUCUGUGCAUGCCAACAUUGCUCUGGCACUUGGUCUCCGAGAUCUCAGCCCAGGGUCAGAGACCUGCUGAAGAAGGAAUGACUGGGCUGACAGGCCAUGGUUGCACUCUGUACUACACAGACAGCCCGUGCAAGUAACAUUACUGCUUUGUGCAAACUUCUACAGGAAACCCUUUCUCCAUGAAAAAGAAGAUAAAAGGCCUUUAAACCAUUAAUCUGCAACAAGAAUGGGAAUCAACCCAAAAUUUAUCAUAAGUCAAAACAGCAUGGGAGCAAAUCAGUGUAAAAGAAUACCAGGAAAAUGAAAAACUGCAGUAAUUUAUAUGAGGGUGUGGCUGUAAUUUUCUGCUUUAACAAAAAUCUGUGAAAUUCUGGCAGUGAAACAAGAUACUUUUAAUGCAUUUUCUGGUCACAGUCACUACAAACAGACUUAUACAUAUUUAAUUUUAACAGCAAAGAGCACAUAGAUUAUCUGAGCUAUUAUCCAAAAUGCAGGUAGAAUGUUGACUUCAGCAGUAUAUGUUAAAGCAGUACUGAAGCACUAACCCCAAAAUUACACUGGCAAAAUCUAGAGAGCUGCAUGAAGGAUUAUUGGAAUUUUAGCAGCCUUCAUGGGACGAAACACACAAUAUCGGGGGCAGAGGUAGAGACAAGGGUGUGAAAUAGGCAUGAGGAAGCUCAGAACAGAACCAGCAGCUGUGGGCUCCUGCCUCCAUGAUUUCACACAUGUAGUUUCUUAAUUAAACUACCAAAUGUGGUGUCCAGAACCUAUUUUUGCUGCAGACUUGUUAAAUGUGAAAGUUCUGUGUUGCUUUGGAACAUUAAAGCUGUUGUUUGCUCAUUUGUACCCAUUGCCCUUGCUAAAAACAUCUGAUCAUCUGCAUGUAACCUGAAAAUUAAGUGGUUUUCAGUCUGUUGCCACAGUCUCCUCAAACCCCUGAGAGAAGUGGGUGGCCACUAUGUCCUGGCUUCACCUUUACUAUUAGGCACCCUUUUGCACAGAAAAUUUAAUUCCCCCUUUAAAGCAAAUGUGUCAUUCACAAUAAUUCCUGUAUCACUAAAAUAUCAAUGUCUUUGUGUUUCAGAGACCUGGAGUAUUCAUUUUAGAUGCCAUUUGCAGUUGAGCCAAUUACACUGGACACGGUGGGGAAAGAAAAAUUAUUUUAAGAUGCUGGACACACCAAGCAGCUUUCUCAAGCUUCCAACACACUUGUAUACCUGAAAUUUUCCCAUGUGUUAUUUAAACUAAGAAAAGGUUAGCUUUUCCCCAAGGAUGCUGUUUUUCUGGAAUAUUGGCAUUUCAAUUUCUGAAGAAACUUUUUUUUUUUAUCAGAGAAGUAGCAUAAAUUCAUGAAACAAGGAAAUAUCAUCUAGUAGCAUUUCACAGGACUUCUUUUUGCAUGCCUUUGGUAUUUGUGGCAAUUUGUCAUUUCCAUGAUGGUAAGAAAUGUCAGGCCUUUGAUUCUGGCAUGGUCACAUUGUCCUUUAUUUCACAGCUUGGCACCAAACCCAUGUACUCUGUAGCCCAGCAGGGCUCUUCGGUUGCAGUGUAUAAAGGUAGCUGUGCUUUUGCACAGCUUUUUGUUUGCUUUUUUUUCCACUCGAGCUAAAGGAAAGAUGAGACAAACAGAAAUAAGCAGCAUUCUUUUGUCUAGCUUUGUUCACAGGUAAUCAUUUGUAUUGUUUCUUCUGUACACACUUAAAAUUUUCUGUCCUUCAUGCACAGACACAAAUAACCUAACUUAAUGGUUUCUUACCAUGAACUGCUAUUCUGUGUCUUCUGUGCAUUAUGUUUAUUUGUUUGAGUCAUAGAGUAGUUCGGAUUCAAGGGACCUUUAAAGGUCAUCUUAUUCUACCCCCUGCCCUGGGCAGGGACACCUUCCACUGUCCCAGGCUGCUCCCAGCCCCAUCCAACCUGGCCUUGGGCACUGCCAGGGAUCCAGGGGCAGCCACAGCUGCUCUGGGCACCCUGUGCCAGGACCUCACCACCUUUAUUGUAAAAGGUUCUUUCUUAUAUCAGAUUUCUGGAAACUGUAUUAGAAGUGCCAGCUUUUCUAGGCUCAACUGGUAAACUAGAGGAUCCAGGGUAAACUUUAUCCGUUAAAUUAGUACCAAGUGCCUGUCAGCAGCAAUUCAAACGGCAAAAUGAACUGAGUUUUUCUCUCUAGUUUCCUCUCUCUCUUCCCAUCGAUUGCUGCAGUUUUAUUUCUUUUAUGAGUUUAUGGCUAAAACAAAAUAAAUGUUUAAGUUUUUAUUUUUAAAUAUAUAUAUAGAGUUAAAAAUAUUUUCUAGUUUCUUACCUGCUGGCUCAGGGGCUUACACUUUUGUAAAUACACUAUUGCUAAUAAUGAUGUAAGUUACAAGAAUUUCUUCAGCAAAAACAUUUUAGUCAUUUUAUUUCCAAAGUACCAUACCUGCAGUCAGAAGAAUCUGGAUUUUCUAGGUUGCACUUAUAUGUAGAUGCAAGAUGCAGAUUUGUAUGAAUCAAUUUUCUUGGCAUCAGUUUUCAAAAGCUCCUUUGUACAUAAGCAUAGAAGAUUGACUUCAUGUGUCUCAUCUCAUUUACAGGUUUUAUUACUGACCUUUCUCUUUGGUUAUGUCUCAAAGCCUAUUGGUGUACCAGACUUUAAUGUAUAUGUUCUGUAAGAAACAAAUCAAACUCGUGUGAUUAGUAAUGGAAUAGACAUUCUUUUUUAUUUUCUAAUUGUCUUUUGUUACUUCAUUUCUAUUGUAACAUGUACUUAACCACUAUCCAGCAGGCAGUGGUUUAAUUUUGAAGGCUGUACUAAUGUAAACAUAACUCAGAACAAGUUCUGAAUGAGGCACGUAGGACAACUUUCUUCCUGUAUUUAUUUUUCAAAAACCACCAACUGUAGGACUCUUCAUGCCCACUCGUGGCUGUCACACUUCUGAUGCUGCUUCCCAUGUCUUUUAUUGUGAUUAAGUAAGAUUUGCAAAACAUUUUCAGACAUAAAAUCUGUAUUUUAAGUCUUUGAAGCCUUCAGAGUUGAUGUAUUUUUUAGCAGACAGAAGCAUCUGCAAGUUGGUUUCAAGUAUAAAUAAUUUAAUCACAGGAUUAUUAUUCUUUUAAGUCAGGUGCUGCUUUAAAAUUUGGGCAAGUAUCUCAGAGGGGCAGCAAACAAAUACAUGUGUUUGACUCAU